AUUUUUGUUUCUAAAGCCAUUUUGAUUCUAUUAUUACAAAGUUUAAUAAAUAAAUAUAAGAUUUUGAAAUUAUCAGCCCAUUGUCAUUUUAAACCUACGAGCUAGGCGGUAAUAAAAAUAAGGUAGGCCUUAUUUGGUUAACUUACCUUACGUGCAUAAGUAAUUGUGGUUAAUAAUAACCACAAUAUUUAUUAUUAGUCAUUAGUCCGACAGGAUCCUUAAUUGUUACCCACAUAUUAUAUAAGAAAUAACUAUGUCAUAUUAAGGAAAGCAAUAUUUUAUUAAACCCGAUAUUUCCGGCCCCGUUGGAUUUACGGGAUAAAAUAUUUUUUUUACCUUUUUCGUAUUUUAGCUUACCUAUGUAUAUUUAAACCGAAUUUCUUCCAAAUCGGUUCGGUACCUAGAUAAAAAGUGGUUCAGUACUUAGAUAAAAACUGGUUAAGUAAAAAGUUUCAAUGCACCCCUUUCUCCCCUUACGGGAGAGGGAAUACGACUGGUAGUUUCGGCUGUGCGUUGUCGGGCCCUCAGUCAUUCAGUCAGGAACGACAGUGUUUUAUAUAAUUAUAUAGAUAACGCACUAUUACUGCUAUGAGUGUUAUGACUGUGACAUCAAUAUCUACCAAUUGAAAAGGUGAAGAAUUUGUUUGGACGCUUUAAUAUCCGGAACUACUGAUUCGAACCCUGCCUGCCCACCCAUUUGAGAAAUUAAAAGGCGUUAAGUAAUUUUCACUACGAUUGCCGAGACGAGAUGAGAGACCGCGACCGACUCACGUCGGCGUCGUCAACCAACACAGCCUCUGUGGAACUCGGGGCCCCGCAUUCUGCGGCUCCUACCUUCCGGGCCCAUUCCAUCCUGUUUUGUUCGACAACAACCUACAAAUAAGAGCGAACGCAGAAGAGGUCGCGGCUCAUAGCGAUGCAGAUGCUUUAUGAUGAGUAUAACAGAAAACUGGUGGUGUACAGUCACCGAGGGCUGGUAAAGUACGUGCACAUGUUGGAUGUAGCCAAUCAAAUGACACAAAUAGUAAAAGGCUCGAAGCCCUCAAGAGCGGCAAGACAGCACAAACAAUGGUGACUGAGCACGAGAGUCAGAGCGCGUUACGUAAGGCGGCGGCGCGCCUGCGCGGAGCUCGCGCCGCGCCACUGUGCCAGUACUGGCAGUGUCACGGCCCGAGCCGCCGCACUCCCGGCCGCGCCCGCCCUCCGCGCAAGCACGCGACUCCACGCCAAACAUGAUCCACUCCAAACUGUGUUAGAAUAUAGCAUAGCUAAGGUCGGCAGCGCGCUCCCGUCGUCUCAUGGGCUGGUGGACAGCACGCUAAGGGCCGGGCCGCCGAGCCGUCUGUCGAGGCUCGCGUGUCGAGCAGUCGCUGGCGACGGCCGUGGUGCGGACGGCGCCAUCCGCGCUUGCAGAGUUAAUUGACGUAGCCGUAGACAUUCGAUCGCGUGUGCGGUGCAGUGUUGGUGUGACGCGAGCCGAGCGCUCGUAUCGAGCGAUGCGAGCGCUGGUGCCGCGGGCAGUGCGAGGGGUGGACGGCGGCCGCCGCAGCUGCUAAGUGGAUUAUCUCGAGCUGAGCAGCGACGGAGCCCUACUUCUGCUGGAUGCUCGCUCACACACGUAAACAAUAAUAUCGAUCUGCACUGUGACUGCCGCCGUUGUGUGGCGCGGCGAGUGAGAUGGCGGACGGCAUGUGACGCCACGGAGCCAGGCUAGCGGCGGCAUGCCGGGCGGCCGCCGGGGGCUCGUGGCCCCGCAGAACACCUUCCUGGAGAACAUCAUCCGGCGCUCCUCCUCGCAGCCAGACAGCAGCUUCCUGUUGGCCAACGCACAGAUCGUGGACUACCCGAUCGUGUACUGCAACGAGACGUUCUGCAAGAUGAGCGGCUACAACCGCGCGGAGGUCAUGCAGAAAUCAUGCAGGUGCACGUGGAUGUACGGCGAGCUGACGGAGAAGGAGGCGGUGGAGCGAGUGGACCGCGCGCUCGACCACCACCUCGCCGACCAGUUCGAAAUCCUGCUCUACAAGAAGAACCGCACGCCGCUGUGGCUGCUGGUGCACGUGGCGCCCAUCCGCAACGAGCGCGAGCUGGUGGUGCUGUUCCUGCUCACGUUCCGAGACAUCACGGCGCUCAAGCAGCCCAUCGACGCGGACGACCCCAAAGGAGGGCUGUCCAAGUUCGCGAAGCUGGCGCGGUCGGUGACGCGGUCGCGGUCCGUGCUGGUGUCGGCGCUGCCGGCGCUGAAGGAGCCGCAGCGCGCGAGCCACCUGGCGCAUGUCAGUACUCCCGCCCACCAUGUGAUGUCGCUGUCGGGCGACGUGCUGCCGCAGUACCGGCAGGAGGCGCCCAAGACGCCGCCGCACAUCCUGCUGCACUACUGCGCCUUCAAGGCCAUCUGGGACUGGAUCAUCCUCUGCCUCACCUUCUACACGGCCAUCAUGGUGCCCUACAACGUGGCCUUCAAGAACAAGACGAGCGAAGACGUGUCGCUGCUCGUCAUCGACUCCAUCGUGGACGUCGUCUUCUUCAUCGACAUAGUGCUGAACUUCCACACCACCUUCGUGGGCCCCGGCGGCGAGGUGGUCAGCGACCCGAAGGUGAUCCGGAAGAAUUACUUCAAGUCGUGGUUCCUGAUCGACCUGCUGUCGUGCCUGCCUUACGACGUGUUCAACGCGUUCGACCACGACGAGGACGGUAUCGGCAGCCUGUUCAGCGCGCUGAAGGUGGUGCGCCUGCUGCGCCUGGGCCGCGUGGUGCGCAAGUUGGACCGGUACCUGGAGUACGGCGCCGCCAUGCUGAUCCUGCUGCUCUGCUUCUACAUGCUGGUGGCGCACUGGCUCGCCUGCGUCUGGUAUAGCAUCGGCCGCUCCGACGCCGACUCGGGCCUGCAGUACUCGUGGCUGUGGAAGCUCGCCAACGUGACUCAGAGCCCGUACUCGUACGUGUGGUCCAACGAAUCGGACGGGCCCGAACUCGUCAACGGCCCGUCUCGCAAGACCAUGUACGUGACCGCGCUCUACUUCACCAUGACCUGCAUGACCUCCGUGGGCUUCGGCAACGUCGCCGCCGAGACCGAUAACGAGAAGAUCUUCACCAUCUGCAUGAUGAUAGUGGCAGCCCUGCUGUACGCCACCAUAUUCGGCCACGUGACCACCAUCAUCCAGCAGAUGACCUCCGCCACGGCCAAGUACCACGACAUGCUGAACAACGUGCGCGAGUUCAUGAAGCUGCACGAGGUGCCCAAGGCGCUGAGCGAGCGCGUCAUGGACUACGUGGUGUCCACGUGGGCCAUGACUAAGGGACUGGACACCGACAAGGUGCUGAACUACUGCCCCAAGGACAUGAAGGCGGACAUCUGCGUGCACCUGAACCGCAAGGUGUUCAACGAGCACCCCGCGUUCCGCCUGGCGUCGGACGGCUGCCUGCGCGCGCUGGCCAUGCACUUCCAGAUGUCGCACUCGGCGCCCGGGGACCUGCUGUACCACACGGGCGAGUCCAUCGACUCGCUCUGCUUCAUCGUCACGGGCAGCCUCGAGGUCAUCCAGGACGACGAGGUCGUCGCUAUUCUCGGCAAGGGCGACGUGUUCGGGGACUCGUUCUGGAAGGACAGCGCCGUCGGCCAGUCCGCGGCCAACGUGCGCGCGCUCACCUACUGCGACCUGCACACCAUCAAGCGCGACCGCCUGCUGGAGGUGCUGGACUUCUACCAGGCCUUCGCCAACAGCUUCGCGCGGAACCUCACGCUCACCUACAACCUGCGCCACCGCCUCAUCUUCCGCAAGGUGGCCGACGUGCGCCGCGAGCGCGAGCUCAUGGAGCGCCGCAAGCGGGAGCCGCAGCUCGAGCAGGCGCAGGACCACCUCGUGCGCAAGAUCUUCUCGCGCUUCCGCCGCGAGCGCAGCGUCGCCGCCGCGCCCGCGCCCGCGCCGCGCCCGGCGCCCGCCGCGCCCGCGCCCGACCCCGAGCGCGGCGACCCGGCGCCCUCCGCCGCGCCCCCGGCCGCGCCCGCGGCGGCGCGCGGCAAGUGGGGGCGCCUGCUGGCCACCGGCUCGCUGGACGCGGGCGGCGCGGCCGAGCCGGCGCGGGCCGCCUUCACGCGCAGUCUCAGCGCGCGCGACCGCCCGCCCGCCGCGCCCGACGCCGCGUCCCACGCCGCGCCCCCGGCGGCGCCCACGCCGUCCGCCGCGCCGCCGGCCGCGCUCCCUGCGGCGUCGGCGCUUUCGCUGAAGGCCACGUUCGCCAAGGGGCGCAGCGCUAGUGGCGCCAGCUCGCGCCAGGACACCAUCGAGGAAGAGCUGGAGGAACGCCGGCCGGCAGCCGCGCCCUCGCAGCCCGCGCCUCCACCCCCGCAAGCCGCGCCCCCGCAGGCCGCGCCCGCAGCGCCCCCGCCGUCCGUGCAGGCGGCCCACGCGUCUCACGACGCGGCCCUGGCCGAGCUGCGUCGAGACGUACGCAACGAGGUGCAGAGACUGCAACAGAAGCUGGGUCGGGUCGAGGAGUUGCUGACAAUGUUGGCGACGCGACUGGGCGCCGAGCCCGACGGCGCGGCCCACUCCACUCCCGUGGAGCCGGACGCGCGGCCCGACGCGCGGCUCGACGUGCGGCCGGACGCGCGGCCCACCGACGCGGCCAGGAAGCGGCGCUCUAAGGCGCGCAGUAAGGGCGCCGCGCCGACGCCGCCCGCCAGCAGCCCGCCGGAGCCCGGGCCGGGCCCCGCGCCGGGCCCCGCCAGCCCGGGCGCCAGCGCGUGCCAGCGGCGGCGCGACUUCGUGUAGCGCGCGGCGGCGCCCGGCGCGCGGCCGCAGUGACCGCGCGCGGGCGCCGGGGCCAGCUCUGUACAUACCUACUAGAUAUAUCGUACGAUAGACAUGUAGCCACACGCGAUACAGUAGACACGCAGCGUUUCGCUUACGGACACGGUACACGGGACUAUACUACUCGCUACACGAUAUAUGCCGCAGCACGCGGUCACAGCUCCGGCCUCGCAGUGUCGCCUUUGGUCUGUGGGGAGUCUUCGUCUCGCUCUCGGCAAACCUACUGAAGAGCACCCUCACUCGCGGAUUUAAUUUAUUAUCAAUUGCUUGCAAGUGUGACUGCUGACCACGAGUUUAGAUUCUAGGAUGUCUAGGUUCGGACAAAAUACUUUUUGAGUGCCUUUGAAUUUAAAGUGAUGCAACUAAUCUUGAAGUAGAUGAGUAGAUAGGUACUCUCCUAGUAUUGUCUACAAGAAUCAGUCGGACAGUGUCGCCGUCGCAAUGGUGUCAUGAUAAGAUAGGAUCUGUGUUUAUUGCGGAUUCGGGUCAGUUAAAUGAUCAACUAGGUGUCUACCAUAGCAGGGAUUUGUGUUUGUAAAGACAAAUGUGAUUUCAGUAGGUACCUACAUACUUAACUGUAGUGGCAACGCAUAUGAGAUGUGACAAUGAUGGCCAAUCGUCGCAUAGAUAUCGUCAACUUAUUGUUGUUUAAUUAGUUAUUGAAAAUAAUAAAUAAAAGACAAAUGAACUUUUAGAAAUGCGAGCGACCGUAUAGUUCUGCUCUAACUAUACCUACGAGCGCUUUUUGUAUGAAAAAACUGAUUAAAAUAUCUAAAAAGCAGAUACACCUACUUGCAAAACUUAUGAAAUUAUUUAAGGCGUUCCCGGGGGUGAAAAACUAGCCUAUGUGCUAUUCCAAACCAUUCUACCAUAUUUCCACCCCUGUUCCGAAUUUGAUUCCAAUCAUACCAUAUUCCAAACAUACACACUAAUUCACAAUCUUUCGCAUUUACAAUAGCGGUUCAGUUCAAGCAAAUUUCGACCAUCGGCCCUAUAAUUAGGCGUACGGUCAGGAAGGCUAACCAAACAUUCGACAACAUUAUAUUUGCGUUUGGUACAGUAGCCGUGCUUACGGAUCGAGCCGCACAAUUAAGUUUGUUUUUUAAUGUAUAUACUUUUUCGGGAUAAUAAGUACCCAGUGUUGUGCCCAGGAUAUAAAAAUAUAAUUGUACCAAGUUUCAUCGUAAUCCAACCGUGAUGCUAAUCAAUCGGCGCCGCCCAUACAAACCCCGCAACACCAGAGUAGUUCCUUACAACUGCGUUGUCAGUUUUGAUAACUAGGGAUUUGAGGAGUAGAGAGAUUGACUCUCCUCCUCAAAUCCCGACCGGAGCACGGUCAUACCUUGUGGUAUACAUUUUGCCAGGACAAUUACAAUUGCAAUAGCUGCCAAUUCAUAUUGUGAAAAUGGUAUAUUUACUUAAGCGUCAAGUCUAUCGACAGAUGAAAUCGUUGAAUGAAUGCCUGGCACGGCCGAGGCCAGGACCGGGCGCGACACGGUGUAGUGUGAAUCAUCCAUAAACGACUCCGGUGUCCUUUUCUGUGCCGUGAGAAGAUGGCAGAAGUGCUGUGCCUAGACGCCGGUUAGUUCGCAGCGGCAACAUGGUGAGAUCGAGGACACUGGUUGACUGCGACUUGAUCAGUAAUGAGGGGAUAGCGACGAAGAUGAUGGUACUGAUUUGCUCCGUUGCUGCCUAUCAUAUCGUGGUCACCGCUGUGGGGAACAUGAGUAGGUACCUACCAAUUUUUUUUUUGCUGUGGGUAGGUAAUCAGGUAAUAUUUUAAUUUGUUGUGGAAAUCCGCUUAGUAAUGAAAUUGUUAAACAUUUUUCAUCCUUAUUACUAAUGUGAAAACCUUUCCAAUCUACCUACCUAUAAUAUAACUAAUAUAUUUUUUUCUGACACCGAUAUGUCAUUUAACUUGCAAAACCCGAGCACUGUGCGGCCGCAGCCUCAAGAGUCGGACUGUCAUUCCUCAUUCACGUCAGUUGUCACACGUCCCUUACCGCGCAGUGAUUGUACUCAAUACUACCUAGUGGUAGCUACCCUACUACUUACAUACAAAGUGGGCUUAGCUAGGAAAUGUGUAAAACUGAGAACUUAACUCAUUAAUAUAUUAUACCAUUAAUAAAAUAAUCACAUCACGAAACAAAAUUAAAUAUGACACUGAUGACCAACUAUUUUUAUAUAAUUGCUAUUACUCUACUGUACUUGUACACUCCAAGGGCACCGUCUCCGACCCCUGCGUUAACAUUUGUUAGAUAACAUGUCACACGCCGCCGCGACCAAUGAGACGGCUUCUCUUGUUCACUUUUAUACGCUACAAGUUUUGUGUAUUUAUAAAAAAUAGGUGUAAGGCGUCGCGCGUUGUUGACCACGCAGCCUCGUAUGUACUGAUCUCUACUUGGACCUACGAAAGCUGACCGAGACUUGCUUGACUCGGCCUCCCUUGGCAAGGAGUCGAUAGAAUAUAGUCCGCAGUGAGCAGACGGAGGUGACGGGCAGCGUUCGUCGGUCACUGUAACACAACAUAUCUACAUAACAUGUCGUCGGGCACGCAGGACUGCACGCCGCUAUCGGGACGUGCGCCGACUCGACCGUCCGAAACACCUGUCUUAAUGUAGUUAUUGGUUGUUAACGUUUUUAAAGUUUAUCUGAGGUAUUGUUUAGUUAUGUAAGUCUAGUGUACUCGGGGGCAGCGGUGGACUGAGGGUUGAGGAGGAAAUGAAACGACACGAUCGCUUUAAUCCUAACUUUAAUAAUAUAUACAAAAGGAAAUACAAGUGUGCCCCCGGUGCGGCGAGUCUGCCUCGAGCCACGGCCGGCUCAUGGCGCGGACGUCUCUUGCUCUUGCGUCUGUCUCUAGCUAAUUAUUUGUCAAGAAACCAACGACAGUUCGAAUUUUCCAGCUAUUUGUAUUGUUUUCACAGAAUACAAUAUUAAUACUGUA